GACUAAAGAACUGUAGCACACUGUGUACAGAUGGGCUGGGCGGCUGUAUAUGUGUUUGUUAAGGAGUUUUCUCUGUUUAUAAUGAUCAUCUCCGAUCAGUAGUGUUUAAUUUAGUGUAAUAUAAGCGCUGAGAACAUGGUAGAAGAGGAGGGCGCGUCUCCAGAAUACACAGUGAUCGCUCCGCCGCGGCAGGAAUGUGUGUAUACGAGCUGCUACUGUGAGGAGAAUGUUUGGAAAUUGUGUGAAUAUAUUAAGGACCAGGAGACCUGUCCAGUGGAUGAGGUGUAUGCAGUUUUUAUAUCCAAUGAAAAAAGAACUAUCCCUAUUUGGAAACAAAAAGCCAGUAGGGGAGGGGAUGAGCCGGUGAUCUGGGAUUACCAUGUUGUGUUGCUGCAUGUAAAUAAAGAAGGACCAGGCUAUAUAUACGACUUGGAUACCGUCCUCCCAUUCCCCUGUCCUUUUGAUGUUUACUCAAGAGAAGCUUUAAAGUCCGAUAUGUUCUUAAAGCCAGACUUUCGAAGGAAAAUGCGAGCCAUAUCUGCUGCCACCUACCUGAAGACAUUUGCUUCCGACAGGUCUCAUAUGAAGCAUUCUAAUGGGGCAUGGCGAAUGCCUCCACCCUCAUACCCUUGCAUAGAAACAACAGAGUCCAAGAUGAACCUUGAUGACUUUAUCAGCAUGGAUGCCAGUGUGGGAUACGGUGAAGUGUAUAAACUUGCUGACUUUGUCCAACACUUUAGAACCAAGUGAUGAAGUGUGAGUAAAAAGAAGAGGCUACACAUUGACGCUGAUACAGCGAUGGGACUGUAAUGGAUACUCCAUCCAUUAAUGUAUCCGAUUCCACUUGUUCGCAUGUUAUAGCACAUGUUCAACUCUUUGGAGCCAAGUUAAGAAGUGUGAAUGAAGGGAAGAGGCAGCGUAAGUGUUGUGCUGGCACAGAGAGCUAAAACUCUAAUGAAUAUACCACCCAACCAAUAAACAGUGCUUCAACUACUCGAAAAUGCCUAAUGUCUUACAUACUAACAUACACUGCAAAUGUGUGCAGAUCAUUUGAUAACCUAAACAUUCUUAAUGUGAUGGCUAAAAUUGUGCAUGAUUUGUCAAGAAUGGCAGUGUUUAUUCAUAUUCUGCUCAUAUAUAAAAAGUGGACUGUUGAUUAGGAAAGUAAUGGCUAGAAUGUGCCAUCUGUGCUCCUAUUAAUUAUAAUAAAAAAAAUAAUAAAAAAAAAGAUUGGAACCCCAUGAAUGCAGCAGUGUUGAUCUCUAGGCUAUUAUACUGUAUACCCACUUAGUUUCACACUUUUGUUUCUGUUAUGCAAAUUCUCUGUAAAGGACAAUUAAAAGACUACUUAAGA